CAUGUGUGUCUGGUCUGAGUCGAAAGACAGUGACUUGCUACUGAUCCAAUCACAAAAUCACCAGCUGGACUUUGAGCACAUUGACUCGCUGCUUAUCUCAUCCUCCACCCAGCUCCUCCUAGAGGCUUCUUCCCAGCGCUCGGCCUCAGCUGCAGCGUACGAAAUAAAAGAUAAGCACCGCUGGACUGAGAGUUUCAGAGACGUACUAUUGGACCACUCGGACUGCUGAUUAUAGUGGUUGGAGGUCGGGGGGCUCUUCUUUAGACAAAAGAUCACUGCUCUCAUUUGUAUGGAAUUUGUAGCAGGAGCAACAUGUCCUCCCUCACCAGCCAGAUGUCCUCAAUCAGCUGCUCAAGUAAGUUGUGUCCUCUUUCUGCGGUUCUAUCUACCCUUUAACCGCACUGUGUGCUAUUAUCCAGUUUCGUCUCUGCAGGCGCAGACGUCCGGCUGGUUUUGCUUGGGAAGACAGGCAGCGGAAAGAGCGCCAGCGCCAACACCAUCUUGGGCCACGAGGCCUUUGACGCCGCCGCCGGCGCCUCCUCCGUCGCCCUGUGUUGUCGCAGGGCUUGCGGGGAAUUCCGGGGGCGACGCCUGACCCUCCUGGAAGCUCCGGGGCUGCUCCACACUCAUCAGCCCCCGGAGCACGUGCUGAAGGAGAUGAGGAGGAGCGUUGGCCUCCUGAGCCCCGGCCCCAGCGCUUUUCUCCUCAUUCUACGUGUUGGGAGGUUCACGCGGGAGGAGAAGGAGGCAGUGAGGCAACUCAAACAGGCGAUGGGCGCUCAUGUUCUGAGCUUCUCGCUGGUGGUCUUUACCCACGGAGACCUCCUGGAAGACGGAGCCUCCGUGAAGCACUGUUUGAUAGAUGACUGCGGCGACUUGGCGGAGCUGGUGGCCGCAUGCGGAGGCAGAUACUGUGUCCUCAACAACCAAGCGCCCAACAACAGGGAGCAGGUAGCUGAGCUACUUGCAUUAGUGGACAGCAUGAUGCAAGAGAACGAAGGAAGCUGCUACGACGUCAAGAUGCUCCAGAGAGCAGAGGAAAAUUGGGUUCAGGAGGUGGAGGAGGAGAGGAGGCGCCUGAAAGAGAAGGAGGAGCUGUUCAAAAAGGUGCAGCAGGCGGCCAUUAAAGAGUGGUAUGAAAAAGAACUAGAUGUGGUGCAGCAGAAGAGCAAGAUGGAGAUGGAGGAGCGAAUGUGGGCGCUGGAGAAGGUCAAUAAGUUAGCAAGAGAUCGGGAGGAGACCUUCAGGCGGGAGUUGGAGGAGAAAGAAAGGAAGGAACGGCAAAGGAGGGUACAAGAGAUGGUGAAAAUGAUGGAGAUCCGUAAGGAGGAGGAGGAGAAGAGGGAAGUUCUUCAGCGGAAGCUUGACAGAGUUACGAAAAAGCUGCAGGAGCGAACAGAGCAGACGCAGAAAAUGAGACGAGACGUGGAGGAAAAACUGCAACGGGACAGAGAGGAGAACGAGAAGAGAGAGAGGGAGAGGGCGCUCGAGCAGGCGGAGAUGGAGCGGGCCGUCCGGCGGGUGGAGGAGCUGAAGGUGGAGCUGGACGAAGCCAACCAGAGUCUGCGGGAGCAGCGCAGGCGGACGGGGGACACGCUCAGGUACGAGGCGGCGGAGAAGCAGAAGAGAAGGAGGGGGUGA